GCCAUGGGGCGGCACGGCGGCGGCGGCGGCGACAGCGGUAAGAUCGUGAUCAACGUGGGCGGCGUGCGCCAUGAGACGUACCGCUCCACGCUGCGCACCCUGCCGGGGACCCGGCUGGCCGGGCUGACCGAGCCCGAGGCGGCCGCGCGCUUCGACUACGACCCGGGCACGGACGAGUUCUUCUUCGACCGCCACCCGGGCGUCUUCGCCUACGUGCUCAACUACUACCGCACCGGCAAGCUGCACUGCCCGGCCGACGUGUGCGGGCCGCUCUUCGAGGAGGAGCUGGGCUUCUGGGGCAUCGACGAGACGGACGUGGAGGCCUGCUGCUGGAUGACCUACCGCCAGCACCGCGACGCCGAGGAGGCUUUGGAUUCCUUCGAGGCCCCCGAUUCCUCGGGCGCUGCCAACUCCGCCAACGCCGGGGGCGCCCACGAUGCGGGCCUUGACGACGAGGCGGGAGCAGGAGGCGGCGGCCUGGACGGGGCCGGCGGCGAACUCAAGCGUCUGUGCUUCCAGGACGCGGGCGGAGGCGCCGGGGGACCUACCGGGGGCGCGGGCGGCGCGGGUGGCACGUGGUGGCGGCGCUGGCAGCCUCGCGUGUGGGCGCUUUUCGAGGACCCCUACUCGUCGCGGGCCGCCAGGUAUGUGGCCUUCGCCUCCCUAUUCUUCAUCCUCAUCUCCAUCACCACUUUCUGCCUGGAAACACACGAGGGCUUCAUCCACAUCAGCAACAAGACGGUGACGCAAGCCUCCCCAAUCCCUGGGGCUCCCCCCGAGAACAUCACCAAUGUGGAGGUGGAGACAGAACCUUUUCUGACCUACGUGGAAGGCGUGUGCGUGGUCUGGUUCACCUUUGAGUUUCUCAUGCGUGUCACCUUCUGCCCAGAUAAGGUGGAGUUCCUCAAAAGCAGCCUGAACAUCAUCGACUGUGUGGCCAUCUUACCCUUCUACCUGGAGGUGGGCCUAUCAGGUCUCAGCUCCAAAGCUGCCAAGGAUGUGCUGGGCUUUCUGCGUGUCGUCCGCUUCGUUCGUAUCCUUCGUAUCUUCAAGCUGACACGUCACUUUGUGGGGCUGCGUGUGCUGGGCCACACGCUCCGGGCCAGCACCAACGAGUUCUUGUUACUCAUUAUCUUCCUGGCUCUGGGGGUCCUCAUCUUUGCCACCAUGAUCUACUAUGCUGAGCGCAUCGGUGCCGACCCUGAUGACAUCCUGGGCUCCAACCACACCUACUUCAAGAACAUCCCCAUCGGCUUCUGGUGGGCUGUGGUCACCAUGACCACCCUGGGCUACGGAGACAUGUAUCCCAAGACGUGGUCUGGGAUGCUGGUUGGGGCGCUGUGUGCCCUAGCUGGCGUGCUGACCAUUGCCAUGCCCGUGCCCGUCAUUGUCAACAACUUCGGCAUGUACUAUUCACUGGCUAUGGCCAAGCAGAAAUUGCCAAAGAAGAAAAACAAACAUAUCCCCAGGCCCCCGCAGCCUGGCUCACCCAACUACUGCAAGCCCGACCCCCCACCUCCACCCCCGCCACACCCCCACCACGGCAGCAGUGGCAUCAGCCCACCACCGCCCAUCACCCCUCCUUCCAUGGGGAUGAAUGUGGCCGGGGCCUACCCACCUGGACCCCACACGCACCCUGGGCUGCUCAGGGGUGGUGCUGGGGGACUGGGCAUCAUGGGAUUGCCUCCUCUGCCAGCCCCUGGUGAGCCCUGCCCACUGGCUCAAGAAGAGGUGAUUGAAACCAACAGGGCAGGCAGUGACUUGGGUGUCGUGGAGGAAGGAGACCCCCGUCCCAAUGGGGACCCCGCAGCAGCUGCACUGGCCCAUGAGGACUGCCCCGCCAUUGACCAGCCAGCCAUGUCUCCGGAAGACAAGAGCCCCAUCACUCCUGGAAGCCGGGGUCGCUACAGCCGGGACCGAGCCUGCUUCCUUGUCACUGACUAUGCCCCUUCCCCUGAUGGCUCCAUCCGAAAAGCCACUGGUGCUCCCCCACUGUCCCCCCAUGCUGGCGUAAGCCAGCCCCCCCAAGCUUCUUGCCCGACCUCAACGCCAACGCAGCAGCCUGGAUACCCCCCUAGUGGACGAGCCCCCUUCCCCCCAGGCUCUUGUCACCGCCUGAGACCUCGAGAGACCCUCGGGUUCCCCCUGUCCCUUCCCCCCAGGUUACGAGAAGUCCCGCAGCCUGAGCAGCAUUGUGGGCCUGAGUGGGGUGUCCCUGCGUCUCGCGCCCCUCGCCACGCCCCCUGGCUCACCCCGGGCCACGCGCCGAGCUCCCCCGACCCUCCCCUCCAUCCUCUAGUGCUUCCCGAACCCCUGUGGGAGGACUGGGGGUGAUGGGAAGGUCGAAAGGAGUUGGGAGUGGGGGAAAGGGUUUUUUGUUUUUUUUUUAAGUUAUUAAUAAUAUGCAAAAGAGAAGGUGAUGCCAGCAGACGCCCCCGGGGCCUCUCACUCCCCACAUACUAGAGCCCCCACGAUAGAGGGGGCGGGGCUGGAGCCUGUCCCCCCCCCCCCCACCCCCCCCCCCCUUCCAAAAAAAAAAAAAAAGCAAACCUCAGGUCUCCAUGAGCCAUAGGACACCCUUCCCAUCGACCCCUGUAAAUAACUAAAAGCUGAUUCCAUCUUGGGGCACCCA